UAGUUGUCAGUGUCUUGGCUAUUCCAGUGAUCACAAAUGAUCUGACAGCAGAAAUAAAUGUAUAUAUAAGUAUACAAAUGUUGAGUUGUGGGGUGGAAGAAUCAACAUAACUUACAUGUGCACUGGUGUUUACACACUAAUAAUUGUAAAGUUGCACGUAAGCAAAAAAGCUCACUUCAGUGAACACAAAUAUAAGAAUCAGUGUAGGGUGCAAGGCAGCAUCUGUAAAGCAAAUGAUCUGUAAAACAAAUUGUAGCUCGUCAUACAUGCACAAAGCAACACAUAACAAUAUAAUUUUGUUGUUACAAGAUGGGCCAAUUCAAAUGGGAACAGCUUAAGCCCGGCUACUGAUUUGCAUCAUGUUACUGCUUAAAUAAUCAAAUACCUUUGAAUUUCUGGAACAGAACUCAAGGUCUCCUUGGAUGGUACCCCACGAUACCCAACCAUCUGAAGGAUGUCCAUCAUAGAAUCUUCACAGAGAAGUGCUCCAAGCUCACCAUUAGUUUUACAUACAGCUAUCUGUAGGAGAAAUGAUUAUUGAUUUCUUAUGUCAGCAUUUAAAACCAUAAGGAAGUGUCUGACUUAAAGUGUAGCUUAACUGUUCAUAUCAGUUUUCAGUCACUUUUGCAAAAUCGAAAGUGAAGUAAUCACUCUGGCCAAUAAAAAGAAAGGACACAGGCAAUCAAGUGAACCAAUCAAAACUCAAGGCAAAUACAUCUAGCUGGCAUAAAGUGCAGGAAAUUGUGUGUGAGUGAGUGAGUCAAUUGGUUUUGGUUGUAUUUUUGGUUGUUAAGAAAAUGGCAUCAGUUAAAUGUAUUAACGAUCAUGAGAUGUAGCAAGGAAAACAAAAGCAAAACUGAAUUAUACUUGACACCAAAUUAAAAAAGACUAAAUGAUCAUCACUAUUUAAUUUAUUGCAGUGCAAGGUAAAUAAAACCAAUAAUGAUAAAGGAUAAUAAUUAAAUGCCAGGCUGCAAUGUCCAUGCCUCUCACGGUGCAAGGAUAUUUCUUUUCUACUAUGUUAUCAUGGUAAUUAAAUUAUUUUGAACAUAAUACACAAUAGUGAAAAUUGUACCCUUUCCACUGACUGCCUCAGGAAAUCAUCUUUGAUGAGUGAAGCCCACUUCUCACUUUGCACACUUGCCAUGCCAUCAAUAACAUAAUCAUACACAUUCACAGACAAAAAACAAGGUGCAGGCCCCCCUUGAAUAAGGGAACAUGCCAUGAGUUCCCCUACUGCCUUGAAUUCAUCAUUGCCAACAGCUCUCAUGUCUGCAUUGGGGACACCAUCAUCACUGAAGAGUGUGCGUCUGAUAUAACCAAAGAUUUCUGUUCAGAAAAGACAAGUAAAAUCAAUCAGUGUGUGAGUACAAGACAAAUUUAGUUCGUAGCAUGAGCAAAUAUUACUUCAAUUAUCAGUCAAUCCAAACAACCAAUAACAAUGUACACUAACACUACACACUCAAUUAAAUAAUAAUUAUUAUGAGUACAUUUAGUGGUAUAUACUUUUAAGACAUGUCAUACAUGUUGCUCGUCAAAUCAGUUGUCAGGUUAAAUCUGUUUCCAACCUGCAUUAAUCUGCUUCAACUUUUUCUCAUGAAUCCAUAUUUCAUGUCAUUGUAAAAGUGCUGUGUUCAGAUUCAAGAAGACUUCGUGUAGGUUGGAAGGGGUUUUAACCUACAACAUACACACUAUAAGAUGCUCAUUGUUGUGUUGUAGCAAUAUCAGGAUGCUUGUAAUAUUUAUAAGCUAUCCUCAAUUUUCAAAUAAAAAUUACCUGUAAAAAAUUCACGUUUUGGACCACCGUCAUCUACCGCAGGUUCUCCAACAAAUGUAACCUUAAGCAUGGCUUUUGGUUUGAACCAUUUCUUCUUCCUGGUAUCCAUGUAAUCCUGAAAUAUUAGACGACGUCUUAUAGACACUCUGUUUGUUAGUUCGCACUGACAUAAACGUCUCAAAUUGGAAACUUCACUCCGGAGAGUUUCCAGAUUGAUGUCUAAUGACUCUCUCAAGGUGCCUGUAGCAUCUUCCAUAGGUUCUACCUCAUUUGGCAGUGUGUCAUCAACCUCAUCAGGGUCUCCUAUUGGGUCCAUCCAAGCUUCUGCACAAGCAUCAGCAUGAACCUCGAUCUCACUCUGAGGGAAAAGCUCCAAACAGGUUGGACACUGAUGAUAACUUGUGCCAGAUGUUGAUGCUUUGUUCAGGAGAUCAGGACAAGUAGAUCUGAUUGCUACUUCAGGAGACGUUAAAACCGACACAUCACGAGCCACAGUGGAACUAUUAUAGCCAGCUUCAAAUGCAGGUUUGUUAAGCAUUUCAUCUUCACUAUCGCUGCUGGUGACAUUGUUAACACUCUCAAAAUCAUCUUUAGCACAAAGCCAAAAGUACAUCUUAGAGUAGGGCUUGAGCAAGUCGCGCUUUGUAUUUCUCGACUGUGAAAGGUGUGUUGCUGGCAGGUAAAUUUUGCACUACAGACAUAUCAGUAUAUAACAGGACAUAGUCAAGAAACUGAUUAAAUUGUUUGAAAUGCCUGCCAUGCUUCUCAACAGCAGUGUGGAGGAGGGUGGAAGCGUCUGCACGAGUGUCGAUCAGAACGGGAUUGUCCUUCCUUUCACUUUUUCAAAUGGUCCGAAUCGGGACUGCUGGUAACCAGGCCAACUUGAACUUUUGCCACUUCAUUUGUGCUUUUCUGAGCUGUAGGUCGUUUGGUGUCUUUGUUUGCCUUUUUAAACUUUGAACGUCUUUCGUCUUCUUUUUUUUUUUUUGUAGUCGUCGAAUGAUAACGAUUUUAGGUCACCUGGUACUGGUGUGCCUAUAAUAAAAUUUGAAAACAUCGAAGCUCGUUCUGACAUUGCGAAUAGAGAAUGUACAGAAACAAGAGUAUCAUCACUGAUUUUACCUACCGUUAAACUCCAUCCCACAGCUGUGGCAGAACUUUCCAUUUUGAAUCACUUUUGUUCCACAACCUUGGCAAAAAACCAUGCUACCGAUAACAACGAGAGCCACAACGAGAAGAAAGGAAGACAUUGGAGAGAAAAUGGCGGGAACGGCGGGAACAGCCAGGCGCUAAUGCCCAGUGCCCACCCAGGCUAAUCUUGGCGCACGUUUGAACUUUCUACGGAAGUGUUCCAUUUCUACGGAAGCAUUGAAGUUCUACGGAAGAGCUACAUUUCUACGGAACAGCGACGGCUUAUACCACGGAAGAGCUAGAUUUCUACGGAACAAGCUCGCGACUGUUUCCACAGAACAGCUAUUUUUCUGAGGAACGAUCGCAGAUUUACAAGGAACGAUUGCAGAAUUCUAAGGAAAGAUGUUCAAUUCUAAAAAUAACAGUUGUAUUUUUACAGAACGACACUACAUUUUCAAGUAGAAGCGUUGUCCCUUGUGGGCCACCGUAGAUUGGAGGUUUUACCUUUCUGGGUGUUCUCGUGAUACCGGUACAACUUUUCUUUCAGUAUGAGACAAGACAUUAUACUCUGCUCAAAUUAACCAUGUUUUAUGGCAGCAAGUUUUGCUCUGAAAGGAAUAUGAAAUGAACAGUCCUAAAUACUGGAGUCGAAAUCUUGUUCUGGUUCAGAAACCAGGAUGAAUGGAAUAAUUAAAAAAUGAUUGUCCAUUCACAAGGCUAAAAAUGUUAUAAAAGAAAACUAAAUUCUGAAUGUUUCCACCUAUUCAAGUCAUCUUCAGGGUAAAAGACCAUCCGCUACAUGCAUAUUUUAUGUUUCAGGUGAUUGCCAAUGGGAACAGUUUCACUAUGUUAGAAUGAACUUGUUUUUGCUCAAAGAAAACAGAGUUGGAUCUCAAACUGGGACCCUACUGUUGGAUCGUUAGGCAUUGAAAUAUUCUGCCCUUGUAAAAGGAUUGGGCCAUAUAAAGUAGUCAAACAUGUAUUCAGUGAGUCUGUAUUAAGCAGUCACUUGCCAAAGUCCCAGAAAUCAUUUCCUUUAAUUACUGUAAAACUGCUGUAACCUGUAUUAAGCAGCCACCUCUAUCACACGGUUGGAGUCACCUUUUAUGGGGUUCCAACAAGUUACGUUUUAUUGUCUUCACCCCUAUUAAACGGUCACUUGUUAACUUAACUUUGUCACUUGUCAUUUUCAUUGACGAAGUCACAGCUGUGCAAAUAAUAAAAAUAUUUUGAUAGGGAAAUAAUACAAUCAUCUGACCACACAUAUCAGUCUAGCAGAAGUCAUAGGUUUUAUACCCAUUUAGGGAAUCUGAAUGUUUCCUUCGAUGUUCUAUCGUUGUAGGUAAAAGCACCCACAAUCAGAGAAUUGAGCGGUUAUGGAGAGACGUGUAUCGUGACUGCCUUUCCCUAUUCUACCAGAUCUUUCAGUAUCUCGAGAUGCAUAAUAUACUUGAUGCUGACAAUGACAUCCACAUUUGGUGUUUACACAUGGUUUACCUUCCCAUGAUCAACCAACAUCUAGAAACUUGGAAAGCUUCAUGGGUUCAGCAUCCACUGCGUACUGAAGGUAACAAGUCCCCGAUGCAACUGUGGAUUGGUGGACUGCAUGCAACACAAUUUGGCCAGGCUAUCUUAAGUAAUGCUCCAGAUCCAGUGACAGAGGUAAAGUCAUGA